GCGGGAAGUACCAGCUGCGGCCGCGGUCGGUUCACGCCCGGCGCCUCUGCGACAGCGACUGGAGCUUCGGGGAGAGCCUGCGACACAAGCCGCGUGCGGCGCCGCUGUCCAGGUACCGCAGGAAGACCGCCAACGCCCGGGAGCGCUACCGCAUGCGGCAGAUCAACACCGCCUUCGAGAGCCUUCGCGGCGUGUUGCCGUCGUGGGUGUGCAGUCGCCGCGCCGCCUCGGACAUGACCAAGAUCGCCACGCUGAGACUCGCCUCCGCCUACAUCCGGUCGCUGCAGGACAUCCUGGACGGCAGCGCCCCGCAGGACACCUGCUCGUGGGUCCUCUCCACUAUCCUGGACGGCCCCAACCGCUGUCCGAAGGAGGCCCAGCUCUCCAAGACGUCCCAGCUGACCGCGGGGGACUCGCAGCUGCAGUCCGACUACGAGCUGGCCACUCUCCUGGCCAGCUCGGAGGCGCAGGUGUUCCAAGACAACCUGGACACCUUUGCCUACCUGAGCCCGGCGUGCGAGGGGGAGUCCGUAGCGCUCCUGCUGGAGCCCGACCCCCCCACCUCGCGGGCCUGGGCCGAGGGUCACUAUCCGCCCACUCCGCUGGUGACCUGAUGGCCGGGGGUCACAGGUCGCCGAACCCUUCCUCAUUCUCCCGUGUAUCCUGUAGCACUGGUCUCUGUCAAGUCUCCCUGUAGGUCACGUGAUGUCCCCGUCUUCACCGCUCGCUUCCUCCCGUAGGUAAUGCUUAAUGACUUGGUGCUCGGCUGACCCAGGUCGUGCACCUGCUAUCAGCACCGGUCGCCGUUGCCCUCACUUCCGAAACAAAGCCUGGACCUGCCGAUGCACACAGGUUGCCUUCUCACGGACCUGUGGUGAUAACACUAUCUCCUUUCUCCCCGACAUGACCUGACGAGCGCUAAUUUCAGGUCACUUCACAUUCUCCGUUUUCAUCAGUGUAACUCCUUGACAAAUGAGGUGACCUGAUAUUCGAAGACGUUACUUCUCGUGACCUGAGAUAACCUGACAGAAUACCCUGUAGAUAAGGUCUUUUAUACUGUGAUGAGAACAGGUGAAACAUCUGGUUUUGAUGUGAUGAAAUAUGAUUUAAUUACAACCCUGUUUGAAAACUGAAAAUACUUGUUAAUAAGAAUAUGAUUAUUUAUUUUAGUUUAUAAAAAAAGAGUAUUAGAAGAGGUUUAUUAGUUAGAAAAGACAGAUAAUAUAUUCGAAACAUACAUAGUUUAAGGAAUUCAAGUUCAUUACCACAUUAUUUUGGUAAAUGAUCUGCUCAGUUUCAUUUCUAUUGGCACUUGGAUAGAAAAUAUUGUGCUCUUUAAUAUAUCUUUUUUAAUGUCAUAACUUUAUUUAUGAUUAGUGAAUAUUAAUCAGGGUUGUUGAUUAUACAACACUAUACUUAUUGACAAUAAUUAAUUGGUUAGAUAUUUGGAAUAUCUUCAUGUAUUAUAAACAUGAUUUUUUUUGUACUGUUGUAAUAUUUAUGUCAUAGAACAUAUGUUUCUCCGCAUUUAGUCGACGGUUUGUUCAAACUUUUAUUUAUAUGGGAUACUGAUGUUAUUUUUUUGUGUCAUUUAUUGUUUGUAAGAUAAGACUCUGGGGAUGAAUGCGCUGAGGUGAUGAAAAAAAAGUUAAUUUCAGACAUUUA